AUGCCCAGGAGCAAGAACUCGAUAUCGAACAAAACAACGCACGGUUCCCAGCAGAAAAAGAAGAACCAGAGCAAGCCAGUAGCCCAACGUGAAGCGGUCGCCUCGGAAUCAUCAACAGAGAGCGAGGGCCCGAUCGCGUCGGAACUGUUGAAGGAACUUGCCAAACUCAGGAAGGAGAUCAGACAGCGAGAUGAACUACACAAGGAAGAGCUCCAAAAAGUAAAAGAAGAAUUUAUAGCCCUCAAAGAAGAGUUUAGCGCCGCCCUUGCAGAAGUUCGACACGAGCUACAGACCCUAGCAGAUAGACCCGCGACACCGCAACCCCAACCCGAGUCGUACUCCCUGAACAACCAUGAUGCGAUUCUCCGCGAGAUUCAAUCCUUGCGCGAGGAAAUCAGUGUCCCCGCCCCAACGAGUUCCCCGUCCUAUGCAGAUGUCGCGCGCACUCCUCCAACCAGUUACCCAAGCAACAUACGGACACUGUCAACGCUGGGCACGACACCGACCACCUUCACCGAAACUUUGUACUGUUCGAUAGACACCUCGAAGAUGACCGAAAAUGAAAACGAAAAGAAAUCUGCAGGCUCAAUCAGGGCCGCAAUCGAGAAAGAGAUCCGAACGAUGGAUGAUCACAUUCUCUGGCGCUGUCGCGCAUUACUGAUCGCAUGUCGCGAUGAAGCCGAGCACCAGCUGGUCAAGAAAGUGGCGGAAGAAAAGAUCGGAACGGGAGCCCGGGUGCUCCGGGACGAGCUCUACCCGGUCAAGGUUGACGGCGUCAAGAGGGCUGCGGUGCUGGAUGACAACCAUGCCAUCCUAGCUGGAGCAGCCGUAGCCCUGAGUGAAGAAAACGAAACUACAGUCGCCAAGAUGACGUGGCUGAGCAGCAAGGAAGCCGCGAAGCCAUAUGGGUCGAUGGUCGUGUACCUCACCAAAGGCUCCGACGCGCGGAGGCUCCUGACCGACGGAUAUUUCCACGUUGGAGGGGAAUCCGGGACAACCGGCGUCUUUGAAUAUCGACCACGACCGAUGGAAUGUUACAACUGCCAAGAGAUUGGUCACAAGGCAUUCCAAUGCAGGAAGACCCAGAAGUGCGCAAAGUGCGCCACGGAGGGUCAUCACCACAGUCGCUGCGAUCAAGAGGUUCCAAAUGGCGUUAGCGAUUCAGGAACCCCAGGCGAGGAGGAUUCAGGGACGACUCUUGACCACCCCGAUGGGACAUCACAAAUGGACGAAGAUGGUACCCUCCACCUGGAGGGAAGGCAGAUGGGCGAUCCGGAGCAUGCUUUGGGUCAACAAAGAUCAUCGGUCUACGUCGAAGGGGGAGAUUCCUUGGCUCUGGAUGACGCGUGUGGUCACCUGAGAAAGGCAAUUGCGAUGGUGCGGCGAGACACGGGCGCGGUGGUGAACAUCAUGAUUAUGGGAGAUUUCAACCGCCAUGAUCAACUCUGGGGCGGAGACGAGGUGUCCUUGGGAAGACAAGGCGAAGCGGAUCCAAUCAUUGACCUUAUGAGUGAAUUCGCUCUUAGUAGCUUGCUCAAAAGAGGCACGAAAACAUGGCAUGGCGAAGGACAGUAUGGGGACUGCGAGUCCACGAUUGACCUCGUCCUGGCCUCCGACAAUUUGGCAGACCUGAUGACCAAAUGUGUAAUACACGGGACUGAACACGGCUCGGAUCACCGGACGAUUGAGACGGUAUUCGAUGCACCGUGGUCAGCCCCGAAGCAUCAGGAACGACUUCUUCGGAAGAAUGCGCCAUGGAAAGAGAUUAAUGCUAGAAUCGCGAGCACGCUGGCCAUCACUCCGUCGGAAGGCACAGUGCAGCAGAAAACCGACCGACUGAUGUCCGCAGUCUCAGAUGCAGUGCAUACUUUAACUCCAAGAGCGAAGCCAUCGCCACACGCGAAGCGGUGGUGGACAACCGACCUGACACAGCUCCGUUAUGUAUACACGUACUGGCGCAAUCGCGCUCGCUCGAAGCGACGGGCGGGGCGAAAAAUACCUCAGCUCGAAACGAUGGCCCAGUAUGCGGCAAAACAAUACCAUGAUGCCAUCCGCAAGCAAAAGAAGAAGCACUGGAAUGAAUUUCUCGCAGACAACGACAAUAUCUGGAAGGCCGCCAAGUACCUGGAAUCGGGAGAAGACGCGGCAUUCGGGAAGUUACCACAACUCGUCAGAGCAGAUGGGACUACCACCGCUGACCAUAAGGAGCAAGCAGAAGAACUGUUGUCCAAAUUCUUUCCCCCUCUGCCGGACGUGAUUGAAGACGAGGGGACGAGACCACAGAGAGAGCCAGUGAGGAUGCCUACGGUUGGCAUGGAAGAGAUCGAAAGACAGCUUUUUGCUGCAAAAUCAUGGAAGGCACCGGGCGAAGACGGUCUACCGGCGAUAGUCUGGAAGAUGACGUGGCCGACUGUCAAGCACAGGGUUCUCGACUUAUUCCAGGCGUCACUGAGAGAAGGCGCGUUACCGACACAAUGGAGACAUGCGAAGAUCAUACCGCUCAAGAAGCCGAAUAAAGACAAUUACACCAUUGCAAAGGCGUGGAGACCAAUUUCACUUCUAGCAACACUGGGAAAGAUACUCGAAUCAGUGGUUGCAGAAAGGAUCUCACACGCGGUGGAGACGCACGGGUUGCUCCCGACCAGCCACUUCGGGGCUCGAAAGCAGCGAUCCGCAGAGCAAGCGCUCGUGCUUCUUCAGGAGCAGAUCUACGCAGCAUGGCGUGGCCGACGAGUGUUGAGCUUAAUCAGCUUCGAUGUGAAAGGUGCCUACAACGGUGUGUGUAAAGAACGACUGCUCCAGAGGAUGAAAGCGCGAGGCAUACCCGAUGACUUGCUCCGGUGGGUCCAAGCGUUCUGCUCGGAACGAACGGCCACCAUCCAAAUCAACGGGCAACUUUCUGAGGCCCGAAGAUUGCCGCAAGCUGGCCUCCCCCAGGGCUCGCCCCUCUCUCCGAUACUGUUCCUCUUUUUCAACGCAGAUCUUGUACAAAGACAGAUCGACAGCCAGGGGGGAGCAGUCGCUUUUGUGGAUGAUUUUACCGCGUGGGUGACCGGACCAACCGCGCAGAGUAACCGGGAAAGAAUUGAAGCAAUUAUCAAUGAAGCGCUCGACUGGGAAAGGAGAAGCGGAGCGACCUUUGAAGCCGAAAAGACAGCUAUCAUACACUUUGCGCCCAAGACGCGUAAGUUGGAUUAUGAACCGUUUACCAUCAAGGGACAGACGGUUACACCCAAGGAUCACGUCAAGGUCCUGGGUCUGCUGAUGGACUCGAGACUGAAAUACAAGGAACAUAUAGCGAGAGCCGCGUCCAAGGGCCUGGAGGCAGCGAUGGAGCUUCGGCGACUUCGCGGCCUUUCCCCAGCAACUGCGCGGCAGUUAUUUACAUCAACGGUGGCGCCAGUUGUGGACUACGCCUCCAAUGUUUGGAUGCACGCGUGUAAGGACAAGGCCAUGGGGCCGAUCAAUCGAGUCCAAAGAGUUGGAGCACAAGCCAUUGUGGGGACAUUCCUCACCGUCGCGACCAGCGUAGCGGAGGCGGAGGCCCAUAUUGCCACCGCGCGGAGCCGAUUCUGGAGACGGGCCGUGAAGAUGUGGACAGACAUGCAUACCCUUCCUGAAACAAACCCGCUCCGCAGAGGUACAGACCGGAUCAGAAAGUUCAGACGAUAUCAUCGCUCGCCGCUGUACCAAGUAGCAGAUGCGCUUAGGCAUAUCGACAUGGAGGCACUGGAAACAAUUAACCCGUUCACGUUGGCCCCAUGGGACGAACGCUUACAGGCCAAUAUUGACGGACAAUAUGAGCCCCAGCCUGAAGCGGGCGGAUUGAUGCAGAUCGCGGUCAGCAGCUCGGCACGGAACGAGCUGGUGGGGUUUGGAGUCGCAAUCGAGAAACAGCCUCCUCGAAAUCGAAAAUUGAAGUUCAAAACCUUAUCCAUCACAUUGGGCGCGAGAGCAGAGCAAAACCCGUUCUCUGCGGAGCUGGCAGCCAUGGCACAUGUGUUGAAAAUGGUAGCGGAAAUCAAAGACUACACAAUUACGUUGCUCACAAGCAACAAGGCGGCGGCGCUCACGCUAAGGAACCCGCGACGACAGUCUGGCCAGGAGCUGGUUUGUCAGAUGUACAAGUUGAUGAGAAGGUUGCGGAGAAAUGGAAAUCGGAUCAGUUCCCACUGGAUCCCUACUAGCGAAGACAAUAAGCUGUUAGGUCUGGCUAAAGAACAGGCCAGAGCUGCGACACAAGAAGAUUCUCUCCCACAAGAACGCGCCCCGAGGAUGAAGUCGACAACAUUGAAUAUUGCACGGUCCCAAGCAGUCCCCAGCAGUGAGCUACCAGAGAACAUAGGAAGACACGCAAAACGAGUGGAUGCCGCACUGCCAGGCAAACACACCCGGCAGUUGUAUGAUUGCCUAACGUGGAAAGAAGCGACUGUACUGGCCCAACUCCGAACCGGCAUGGCUAGACUCAAUGGGUAUCUCAAUCAAAUUAAUGUAGCAGAGACGGAUCAAUGCGAUUGCGGGCAAGCAAGAGAGACCGUGGAGCACUUCCUCUUCCGAUGUCGGAAGUGGACGGCGCACCGGACGGAAAUGUUACAAUGCACGCAGACUCACCGAGGAAACAUAUCCAUCUUCCUGGGCGGAAAACAGGCUUCUGAUGAUCAGAAGUGGACGCCAAACCUAGAGGCAGUACGGGCCUCCAUACGUUUCGCCAUUGCGACGGGCCGACUCGAGGCCACUUGA